AUGGAACUCAGACCUUCAGAUUUAUGCUCCCAUGCUUUACCACUGAGCUUCAGAGAACUAGAUGUUGAUCCAGAGCAUUCCUCGCCUAAAUUUGUGACAAGCAUUCCACACACAGUAUCCCACAUACAGUAUCUGUAUUUAUUUUCGGGUUUGGGGCGACACCGACUCAAACGAAAAGCACUCUGGUAUUGUGUGUUUUAACAAACCAGGCGAAUGGAUACUGUACUUUGAAAAUCUUACAGAUAUAAAUUAUGAUUUUUACCCUUUUUAGUACCCAGCGGAUGCGUGACUCCUGGUGAGUAUGUAUUACAGAUGUCAGUUAUGGCCGCACCAUGGCAUACCAGUCAAGAGGACUGUGAUAGUAAACCAGAUAGAUGCUUUUGGUCGGAUGGGUGGGAUACACGAAGGCGCAAUAUGAUGACAGCCAUAUGCUACUACAGCAAAGGUAGGAAAAUUAUCAUCUAAGAGCCAUCUCUAUAAAGGAGAAAAAUUAGAUAGGCUUGAAAACUUCAUCUUUAAGACUUGGUAAAAUUUACCCUCCUAUAUAAGUUGAACAUCACGCAGUUAUAACCAUCAUCAUUAGCGAAGCUCCUUUUGAGUUGUUAGCAUCGAAAGCCGAAUGCCGCUGUGCUUUGCUUAAACACUGAAAGCUCAUUCAAGAGCUCUGAAAGCAGUUGAUAUUCUAAACUUGAAAAGUUCUCACAACAAACGUGUGUGUGUCAGAUUGACCACACAUUAACUGCUUUGCUCAUUGUGUCAUUUUUAUUUGCUAGAUUCGGUGUGUUAUCAGUACAGGGGAGCCAAGAUAAAGUACCUGCGCUUGUCAGCUAAACAAUGUGAAGCUGAAAACCACUGCUACAAUUACAAGAACAACCAAUGUUACGAUGUACUUUAAUGAUAAUAUUAGUGCAGAGCUGUGGAAAUAAAUUUAAUGAAUUUCCCUGAGAGUGAUUAUUUCUUU